AUGUCCCGUCGCGUGGAGUUUGACAUGAGUCACGAAGAUCAUACGGAUCGUCGUCGGACUAAUACCUUCUCUUCUGAAGAAGAUGGUGUCCCGAACGAGGUCGCCGACUAUCUUGUCUACUUUUCUCGCAUGAUUGAUGAGCAAAAUGUGCCGGAGAUUCUCACUCUCUAUGAUCAAGCUUUUCCUGAUCUCACUGAACGAUUCUUCCGCGAUCGUAUGUGGCCUGACGAGAACGUUGUCGAGCGCAUAAUCGGUCCUGGUAAUAAGCUCUUCAUCAUCCUGUAUAAAGAGCUAUACUAUCGCCAGUUGUACGCAAGAAACGCUCGUGGACCACUUCUUGUCCAUCGAUACGAGUCGUUCAUGAACUAUCAAGAGCUUUUCUCGGAGCUUCUCUCCAGCAAAGAUCCCAUUCCAUUGUCUCUCCCAAAUGUUUGGCUUUGGGACAUAAUUGACGAGUUUGUCUAUCAAUUCCAAGCAUUCUGUCUCUACAAAGCCAACCCCGGAAAGAGAAACGCCGACGAGGUUGAAGAUCUCAUCAACAUUGAGGAGAAUCAAAACGCCUGGAAUAUCUAUCCCGUGUUGAAUAUUCUCUAUUCUCUUCUCUCGAAGUCUCAGAUAGUUGAGCAGCUGAAGGCUUUGAAGGAGAAACGCAACCCGGAUUCCGUUGCCGACGAAUUCGGGCAAUCGGAUCUGUACUUCAAGUUGGGAUACUUCGCUUUAAUUGGUCUGCUGCGUACUCACGUCCUUCUCGGUGACUAUCAUCAAGCUCUCAAGACCGUUCAGUACGUUGAUAUCGACCCGAAGGGGAUCUAUAAUACAGUUCCAACUUGCCUCGUCACUCUCCACUAUUUUGUUGGUUUCUCUCAUCUCAUGAUGAGAAACUACGGAGAGGCAACAAAAAUGUUCGUCAAUUGCCUUCUUUACAUUCAAAGAACCAAGACCGUGCAGAGCCAGCAGCCAUCAAAGAAAAACUUCCAGUAUGAUGUGAUCGGAAAGACAUGGGAUCAGCUCUUCUACCUUCUGGCUAUCUGCCUUGCAGUGCAACCACAAAGAAUCGAUGAAAGUAUUGCUUCCCAACUCGCAGAAAGAUGCGGAGAGCGUAUGAUGCAUAUGGCUAAUGGAAAUGUUGACGAAUUCCGCAAUGCCUUCUCCACAGGAUGUCCGAAGUUCCUUUCCCCUACAACUGUUGUUUACGAGGGUGUCAAUCAGUCGAAGGAACCACUUCUCCGUCAAACACAAUCAUUUUUGGAAGGUAUCGAAUCUCAAAUGGCUCUCCCAGUUCUUCGUGGAUAUCUCAAGCUAUACACGACUCUUCCAACAAAGAAGCUCGCUUCGUUCAUGGAUGUCGACGAAGAGAACUAUGAUUCGUUCCUCGGAAAACUUUUGACGUACAAAAUGAUCGUCAACGAGCUAGGAAAGGAAGCAGGACCAUCAACAGUUGAUGACGAUGAGCCACAGACCGAUAUCGAUUUCUAUGUGGAUCGUGAUAUGAUUAACAUCGCGGACACAAAAGUUGCUCGCCACGUCGGAGAACACUUCCUCAGGCACAUUCAGAAGUUGCAAGAGGUGCAAGACGUGCUUAAACGACUUGAUUCAGCUGGACAAAAGCCAUGA